ACAACAAGAACCCACACAGGCUACGAAUUAGAGAAUGGCUGGUUCAUCAACGAAGAGAUUUCCUCUCUAUGCUAAAGAUUAUGAACUCUUUGAAGAGGUAGGUGAAGGUGUUAGUGCUACUGUUUACAAAGCUCGUUGCAUUGCUCUUAACGAAAUUGUCGCCGUUAAAAUCUUGGACCUCGAAAAAUGCAGAAACGAUUUGGAAACUAUACGCAAGGAAGUUCAUAUUAUGAGUUUAAUAGAUCAUCCGAAUUUAUUGAAAGCGCAUUGUUCGUUUAUCGAUCGUAGUAGCUUGUGGAUUGUAAUGCCUUAUAUGUCUGGUGGUUCUUGUUUUCAUUUAAUGAAAUCUGUAUAUCCGGAAGGUCUUGAGCAACCGAUAAUCGCUACUUUGUUGCGGGAAGUGCUUAAAGCACUUGUUUAUCUUCAUCGACAAGGUCAUAUCCAUAGAGAUGUUAAGGCUGGGAAUAUAUUGAUUCACUCAAAAGGCGUAGUUAAACUUGGAGACUUUGGAGUUUCAGCAUGUAUGUUUGAUAGCGGAGAAAGGAUGCGUACAAGGAAUACAUUCGUUGGGACUCCUUGUUGGAUGGCACCUGAGGUUAUGCAGCAAGUAGAUGGAUAUGAUUUCAAAGCCGAUAUAUGGUCGUUUGGUAUAACUGCACUGGAGCUUGCUCAUGGUCAUGCCCCAUUUUCCAAAUAUCCACCUAUGAAGGUGCUAUUAAUGACAUUACAAAAUGCUCCUCCUCGUCUUGACUAUGACAGAGAUAAGAAAUUCUCAAAGUCGUUUAGAGAGUUGAUCGCAGCCUGCUUAGUUAAAGAUCCAAAAAAGCGUCCAACUGCAGCAAAACUUCUGAAACACCCUUUCUUCAAACAUGCUCGGUCUACGGAUUAUUUGUCCCGUAAAAUUCUUCAUGGUCUUUCUCCACUUGGUGAACGUUUUAAAAAGCUCAAAGAGGCAGAGGCUGAGUUGUUUAAAGGCAUAAAUGGUGACAAAGAACAGUUAUCUCAGCAUGAGUAUAUGCGAGGAAUUAGUGCUUGGAAUUUUGAUCUCGAAGACUUGAGGAGGCAGGCAGCAAUUAUUCCAAAUGAUGAAAUGUGCAAUUCAGAGAUUCAGGAACUGAACACAAAAAGAGAUGUUGGGCUUGAUGUACCAAAAGGAAAGCCAGUGAUGCAAAGGUCACAGACUAUGCCUUUGGAAUUUUUUUCAGAAAAGGAUAUGAUGAGUGAGAGUUACAGUCAAUUAACCGGUUCAUUACUUCCUUCAUUCCAUCGCAAAUUCCUCCCGACUAUUGGGUAUCAAGUUGGCAUCCUUUCUGAUAAAAGCAAUGCAUGUUGCUCGAGCGAUGGAGUUGCAGAGAAGCUCGCUCUUGAAAAGCCACAUCAACUAGAACCAUUAGCGGAUACAGAGAAAAUUGGAAAAGCAGGAAGUGAGCAGGAGAAACCAAAAAAUGGUUACGCAGUUAGUCCUGUGAACCGUGAAUCUUCCACAUCAAAGGAACCAUUAGCGGAUACAAAGCAAAUUAGAAAAGCAGCAAAUGAGCAGGAGAAACCAAAAAACGGCGAUAUAGUUAGUCCUGUGAACGGUGAAUCUUCCCCAUCAAAGGAAAUCCUCCCACUGUUACAGAGUCUCCUGGUUCAGAAUGACAUUCAGAGGGCGAAAGUAAUCAGAUUAAUUAGAUUUUUUGAUCGAACUGCGGGAAAUGAAAAUCCGAUCGCAAAAACCGAAGGAGUGCAGAUAUAUCCAUCAAAGGAGAAAGAUCUACAAUCUCAGGUUCAGUUUUUAGAGCAAAGUGUUGAGAAGCUUGUAGAGGAAGUUCAGAGAAGAAAAGAAAUAAAUAGUCAGCUAGAACAACAGAUCAGCUCUCUGAUUAGCAGCAGCAACAACAUUCCUUAAGCUUAAUGGAGAAAGAUAAAUUCUUGAUGUAUUC